GUUGCCCACGAUCAACAGAGGCAACAACAAUUAAUAAAGUUUGUGCAUCUGGUAUGAAGGCUGUCAUAUUGGCUUCUCAAAAUCUGGCUCUUGGUGAUAGAUCAAUAAUGAUUGCUGGUGGUAUGGAAAGUAUGUCUAAUGUUCCAUUCUAUUCACCGAGAAAUGCUGUUUAUGGUCAUCAAAUUUUAGCCGAUGGAAUAAUUAAAGACGGUUUAUGGGAUGGUAAUUGCGCAGAAAAUACUGCUAAAAUGCAUAAUAUAUCGAGGGAAGUUCAAGACAUGCAUGCCAUUGAGUCAUAUAGACGUGCUGCUGAAGCUUGGAAGAGUGGUGUUUUCAAAACUGAAGUUGUGCCCGUAAAAAUUAAAGAUCGCAAAAAAGAAAUAGUAGUUGAUGAAGAUGAAGAAUAUAAGAAU